ACAGUCAUACUGAGAAGUUUGAAGAGGCAAGUCCAAAAAAGAAGAGCAUAUUUAUCUGAAGACUGGAAAUGCCUGAAUUAAAUGAGAAGCUGACUUUCGUGGCAGUAGUGACUCUGGCUGUCUUGACUGUGGUGAGGUCGUCCCCAGUGGUGGGACCGGAGCCAAUCCGCUGUGCCGCCUGUACACAGGAGAAACUGGAUGACUGUCCUGCCAUCCCAGCAGACUGCAAGCAGGUGCUGAGGGAGCCCGGAUGCGGCUGCUGCAUGGCCUGUGCGCUGGAGAAAGGAUCGUCCUGUGGGGUUCACACAGCCCACUGUGGUGUGGGUCUCCGCUGCACUCCCAGGCCCGGUGAGGCCAUGCCGCUCCAUGCUCUGACCAGAGGACACGGAGUCUGCACUGAAGACCUGGGCCAAGAUGGAGCUGGUGGAGUCCCUGACCAUGGCUCCCUUCACUACCUGUUGGGUCUCAACCUUCCCUUGGACCACCAAGACUCUGCUGAGGGCCAAGAGACCAUCAAAGUCAAUGUCAUCCGCAACAACCUGGGGCAAGAGGGUCCCUGUCACAUUGAGCUGCAUGCAGCGAUGGACAUGAUAUCCAGCUCUCGGCAGACACUAGGAGAGAAGUUCACAACUUUCUACCUCCCCAACUGUGAUCGGCAUGGCUUCUACAAGCCAAAGCAGUGUGAGUCAUCUCUGGUUGGACCUCCCGCCCGCUGCUGGUGUGUCUCUUCCUGGAAUGGGAAGAAGCUCCCAGGAUCGGGUGACCUGCUCGGUGACUCAGAGUGUCAUCAAGAAGUCACUCACUGAAGGAUGGACUCCGUUAUCACUCACAAACGCAAACAUAUAGACACAAGCAAAUAUGUUCUGUGUAAAUCUACUUGCAACCACCUGAUGAACUGACUUCCUUUCAUAAAAACACACUCAUUCACACAAAAUGUAAAAUCCAAUUUCAGAGGGGUAAUGUCCUCAUUUUAUUUACAUGAUGUAUGUAUCAAACCGUAUUUAUUCUUACUAGCACGAACCAUUUGUCAUUUUUAGAUUUUUUAUAUGUUUGCUCAUUUUUUUCUGAUUGUAAAUAGGGCAACACUGUAUACAUUUGUGUUUCUGACUAAAUAACUCCAUUGCUCAAAACCACAGGUCCACAGCUCUGCCAAGCCCAUUUCAGAGUCUUCUGGAUCAGUUUUUUUUUUUUUUUUAAUUUAUUCAAAACUGGAGCUGUACAUGGCACGAAA